UUCAAACAUCCGUCUUGGGUCGGUCUUCCUGCGCUCGCGCUUUCUUCCGUCGCUCACUCUCUGGGCUAUUUAGGGCUUCGCCUCCGUCCCCUCUAACCAGCGUUGCCGUCCGCCCGCGGCCUCCUCCGGGCGCUGCCGCCUCUUUCCGCACCGCUUCUUUUAGCCGAAGCGGCCGCCCACGCCCACCGCCUCUCUUUGCCAUUUCACCUGCAGUGGCGGCUCUCCAUCUCCUCCAGGAUGGCAAGUUACAAUGAGAACUCUCAAAUUGACGUGUCUCAAGAGGAAAAGGACAAGCUCGUUGCAGAGGUAAUCCGCCAUGUGCUGUUCAAGACCUACCAGAGCUCUGGGUGCCCUAUAAAGAGGGAAGACUUGACUCAACUGAUAACCAAGAACUAUCGUCAGUGGUCACUGCCUGCAUUUGUUAUAAAUGAGGCCAGAGAGAAACUCUCUAGCAUUUUUGGUUAUGAGAUGAAAGAGCUCCAGCGCUCUCGUCCUUCCUCAAACAGGCAGGGUCGUGCAUCUCAGCAGGGUACUGCAGAGGCAAAAUCAUAUGUUCUUGUGAGUAAAGUACCUUCUGAGAUCUAUAGCAAGUAUAUUGAGGACAAGAGGACCUCGCAUGUAACAGGUUUCACUUUUACUGUGAUCAGUAUUGUGCAUCUUGCAGGAGGAAAAAUCUCUGAGGAAAAUCUCUGGCAUCAACUAAGGCGGUUGGGAUUAAAUGAGAGCGAUGAAAACCAUCCUCUCUUUGGUAACACCAAGCGAACUUUAGAGAUGCUUGUGCAACAAAGGUAUUUGUUAAAGGAGAAAGUUAAUGGCCCAGAAGGUAAUGCUGUGUUGUAUGAGCUUGCUGAGAGAGCAUUAGAUGAAUCUAUUGGUGAGAAGUUAAAAGAUUACAUUGCACAGAUUGUGAGUAAUGAGACAACUGCAGAGGCUUAUUGACAUUCACAUGACAACUAUAACCCAACAAAUGCAACAUUUUGAACUUUUUGGUCCUUGGUCCAGUGAUCAAUGUGCAUCUAUAGACACUGUAUCUAGCUGUACAGUUUUAUCCUGUUUCUUUGUUCCAGAGUUUAGAAUCUUUUGCAAGGUGGAAUUGUUAUAUCCGGUCAGUUAAAGUAUACAAUUGUAUUUCUUUCCAGGCCUGAAAAUAGUUCUAAACCAUGGGGCAUUAAGAUGUUAUUCCAUUCAUUAUAAU